GUGGCGUCAUCAAACCGCGUCCACUACAAAGUGGAAGGGAAAACCUAAACAUCCAUGUGGAAAACGCAUGAGAAAGUGGUGCUUUUUUGUAGUUUAACAGAAGCUAAGCGUUUAUAGUACUUUAAAGAACCAUAGCUGUUUACGAAUCUGGACGUCGUUAAUUGCUCGGUGUUAAUAAUUCCCAAAUGCUAGAUAGCUGAAAAGUAUACGAAAACUUGAUUGGAGUUGUUACAUUUCGCUGGUGAAAUGUCUCUGUUUCUUGUAAACAGGUAUCUUGGAGAGGAUGAAAAUGGGAGCGUCUCAAAGGAGUCUCAGUCUCAGGCGUUACUGGCUAAACUGAAGCAGAAGGCGAAAGAGAAGCAGCGACAGAGUUUGACAGAACAGACGCAACAUCCCUCCAAAGAAAGGACGGAACGGCAGAAUGCCAAAACGAAAAGAAAAGCUGACAAGGACAAUAGUCAAGAGCCUAAGCACCACAAAAAGAGGAGAUCAGAAGUAGUGCCUUCGAUUGCCCUGGACUCUGAUAGCCAGGAUGAGCCUGUUCACGAGGAAAAGAAGAACAAGAGAGCUGCAAAAGAGACGAGGAAGAAGAAAAAGGAUCAGUCAGGCAGUUCUGUUAAAGGUCUAUCGGACAACACUCCUGUGACUGGAAGAGAUGGACAGGACACUGGAGGAGAAGAAGAGAAAACGGGGACAGAAACUGUCGCACUAAAACAAACCACGGCCAAGACAUCGGGUCCGACCGGAUACACGGUUCUGGGAGGGUUCGAGAACAAACCGGUCCAAAAGGUAAACAGAGUCCUGCCUCAGUGGCUCGCUCAGCCGGAUGUGAUUCACCGAGACGUUAAAAGCAACCUGGUCCCCAUCGCUGACAUCCCAGAACUUUCGGCUCUGCUUGUGAAAAAACUACAAAAUAAUGGCAUUCAGCACCUUUUCCCAGUGCAAGCUGAGGUGAUCCCAGCCAUCUUGGAGAGCGCACAGCAGGGGCUGCUGAUUGGACGAGGCGGCUACAAGCCCCGAGAUAUCUGUGUGUCUGCACCAACAGGCAGUGGCAAGACUCUUGCAUUUGUUAUACCUGUCAUACAGGUGCUGAUGGAGCGGGUGGUGUGUGAAGUCCGGGCUCUGGCCGUGUUGCCGACCAAAGAGCUCGCCCAGCAGGUUUGCAAAGUGUUUGCGUCGCACGCUGAGGGAACCGCACUCAGGGUCGUGAUGCUGGCUGGUCAGAGGUCCUUUGCUGCAGAGCAGGCUUCACUCUCAGAACACCGAGGGGGCAUGAGACGCAGUUUAGCAGACAUUGUAGUGGCCACUCCAGGUCGACUGGUUGAUCACAUCAACAAGAAUUCAGGCUUUAGUCUGGAACACCUUAGGUUUCUUAUUAUUGACGAGGCUGACCGGAUGAUUGACAGCAUGCACCAGUCUUGGCUCAGUCAGGUGGUGAAGGCGGUGUACAGAUCAGGAAGUGGCGCAGAAGCCAUGUCCAUCUUCAGGCGGACUGAGCCAGCCUGUGUGACAGCAGCCAGUCUGUCUCCACCUCAGAUGCCGCUGCAGAAGCUGCUGUUUUCUGCCACCCUUACUCAGAACCCAGAGAAGCUGCAGCAGCUGGGCCUCCACCAGCCCCGACUCUUCAGCUCCGUCCACAGUCCCUCCAACACCAUCGGCAGCAGCAGCAACGGCAACACCACACCCGCUGCCCCCGCCCAGAAACAAGGCUGCUUUAACUUCCCCCAAGGUCUCACGGAGUACUAUGUGCCCUGCACGCUAAGCAAAAAGCCCCUCCUCAUCCUCCACUUCAUCCUACGCCUGAAGCUCAGCCCCAUCCUCUGUUUCACCAACUCCAGAGAAACUGCACACAGACUUUACCUGCUGGUGCAGCUCUUUGGAGGACUUCAGGCCGCUGAGUUCUCCUCCCGGCUCUCCCCUGCUGAGAGAAAGAAGACGCUGAAGGAAUUUGAACAGGGAAAGAUCCAGCUGUUGAUCAGCACAGACGCAGCUUCCAGAGGCAUCGACGUCGACGGGGUCAAGUGUGUCGUGAAUUAUGAUGCACCGCAGUACAUCAGGACGUACAUCCACAGGAUUGGAAGAACCGCAAGAGCAGGGAAAACAGGCCUGGCCUUCACCUUUCUGCUCGGAGUCCAGGAGAAGAACUUCCUUCAGAUGGUGGUGGAAGCAGGAAGCCCCGGGAUUCAAAAGCAGAUUGUCAAACCAGAGAACCUGAAGGGUAUGGAAGCCCGAUAUGAACAAACACUGCAGGAGCUGGCUAACGUUAUCAAGGAUGAGAGAGCCAAAUAAUGGAGCAACAGUGACAUUCUCCUCCGAGCUGACAUCUGUGCCUCAUAAAGACAACAUUGCAUUUCUUUUCAGCUGUACUUGGAAUUAUUUAUGUUGUUUAAUAAAACAUAAAAUGUC